GAUAUCUUGAACACACACCUGCCUUUGUAACGUCUUCAGCUAAAGUAUAUAACAUAAUAUUAAUGCAAGGGUUAUGCAGCAGAUUUUUGUAACAUUGAUUUUGCUGAUCCAGUCGUCUGUGGCUGUCAAUAGAGAUAAUUUUAAGACAUGUCAACAAAGUGGUUUCUGCAAGAGGCAUAGGGCAAUGACCCCAGGUCAAAGUUCAUAUGAAGUAUUACCAGAAACAGUCAAUGUACAGUCUACAUCAGUCAAUCUACAACUACUUAAUACAAUCACUAAUGUCAAACUUACAUUAGAAUUAUCAGGACUAGAGAGAAGUACAGCAAGAAUCAAAAUCAAUGAAGUAGAACCAAUUAAACAAAGAUACGAAAUUCCUGUUGGAGAUGUGUUGGUGGAGGAACCAAAAAGACAAGGAUUGAAAAAGUUGGAACAGACUAGUCAAAGUUUAACAUUAGGAAUAGAGAAAAAUAAAAUAGUGAUUAGUUUUAAACCAUUCCGUAUAGACUUUUAUACAGAAGAUGAACCAGUUGUCAGUAUAAAUGCUCAAGGUCUUCUCAAAUUUGAACAUUAUAGACAUAAGCAAGAAGCCCAGCCUGAAGAAAAUGUUGAAGAAGCGAAAGAAGGAGAAGAGCCAAAGGAAGGAGAUGAAAAUUCUGAAGAAAAGCCUGCUGAGGAAGAACAAAAGAAGGAGGAGGAGCCAGAUCUAUGGGAGGAAACAUUCAAAUCAUUUACUGAUUCUAAGCCACAUGGGCCAAGUUCUGUAGGAUUAGAUGUAUCCUUCCCAGGGUUUGAGAAUGUUUAUGGUAUACCAGAACAUGCUGAUGAUUUUUCCUUAAAAACUACAAAAGAUACAGAUCCCUAUAGAUUAUUUAAUUUAGAUGUUUUUGAGUAUGAACUGUACAAUCCUAUGGCAUUAUAUGGAGCUGUGCCAGUUAUGAUGGCUCACAAUGAGAAAAAUACGGUUGGAAUAUUUUGGCAUAAUGCAGCAGAAACUUGGAUCGACAUAAAAUCAAAUGUAGCAGAUAAGAAUUUCUUCUCCAAGGUUGCUGACUUUUUCAAGCAAGAUUCCGAUAUUCCCCAGACAGAUACACAUUGGUUUUCAGAAAGUGGUGUAAUUGAUGUGUUUAUAAUGCUGGGACCAAAACCAAAAGAUGUGUUUAAACAAUAUGCUGUGUUAACAGGGACCACACCUGUUCCUCCAUUAUUUUCCAUAGCAUAUCAUCAGUGUAGAUGGAAUUACAACGACCAGGAUGAUGUUAAAAAUGUUGAUGCCAAUAUGGACAAAUUUGACAUUCCAUUUGAUGUGAUUUGGUUAGACAUAGAACAUACUGAUGGUAAAAGAUAUUUUACAUGGGAUGGAAAUAAGUUUUCACACUCUGUCGACAUGAUAAACAAUGUAGCAUCUAAAGGUCGUAAAAUGGUAACAAUAGUUGAUCCACAUUUGAAGAAAGAUGAUAACUAUAAGGUGUAUGCAGAUGCAAAAAGUAAAGAUUUAUUGGUCAAAAAUAAGGAUGGUAAUGAAUAUGAUGGAUGGUGCUGGCCAGGCUCCUCUGCAUGGCCAGAUUUUACUGACCCAGAGGUCAGAAAAUGGUGGGAGUCUAAGUUCCUGUUGUCUGAAUAUGAAGGUAGUACUAAUGACCUACACACAUGGAAUGACAUGAAUGAACCUUCUGUAUUUAAUGGUCCAGAAAUCAGUUUCCAUAGAGAUGUUAAACAUCAUAAUGGAUGGGAGAACAGAGAUGUACACAAUAUAUAUGGUCAUUUUGUGCAACAAGCAACAGCAGAUGGAUUGAUAUUAAGAUCUGAUCAUAAGGAGAGACCUUUUGUAUUAACAAGAUCAUUCUUUGCUGGUUCACAGAGAAAUGGUGCUGUAUGGACAGGAGAUAAUAUAGGAGAAUGGAGUCAUCUCAAGGUGUCCAAUCCUAUGUUGUUAUCAUUAAAUCUUGUUGGUAUUACUUUCUCUGGAGCUGAUGUUGGUGGCUUCUUCAAAAAUCCUGAUCCAGAAUUACUAACAAGAUGGUGGCAAGCAGCCGCAUUCCAGCCAUUCUUCAGAUCUCAUGCUCAUAUUGACACUAAACGUAGAGAGCCAUACUUAUUACCGGAUAAUAACAUGAAGAUUGUCAGGAACGCCAUCAGAGCAAGAUACACAUUCUUGCCCUAUUGGUAUACAGUUUUCUAUAAUACUUAUAAAAAUGGUGGACCAGUCAUGCAACCGCUGUGGGCUGAAUAUCCAGAAGAUAAAUUAACAUUUAAAAUGGAUGAUCAAUUCUUAAUAGGUCCAUCAUUACUGGUUAAACCAAUUACAGAACAAGGGGGUACUGGUACCAAUGUAUAUUUCCCUGGAGCUAAUGAUGUUUGGUAUGACAUAUUAACAGCAGAGAAAUAUUUGGGAGGAAAGUCUGUAUAUGUAAAUGCUCCACUAGAAAAAAUACCAGUAUUCCAGAGAGGAGGUUCCAUCAUACCUAGAAAAAUGAGAGUGAGAAGGUCGUCAGGGCUGAUGCAUGAUGAUCCAAUCACAUUGUUUGUUUGUCUUGAUAGACAGGGUAAAGCUAGUGGUGAUAUAUAUGCAGAUGAUUAUCAUACAUUCCAAUAUCAAAAGGGGAAAUAUUUACAUCGACAGUUUUCAUUUUCUAAUAAUAAGUUAAUUAACAGUAACGCAGAUAAAAAUGGUAUUUUUGAAACAAAAGAAUGGAUAGAGAGAAUAUUAAUUUUAGGAGUCCUUAAAAAACCGAAUGCUGUUGCAAUUAAAAUAGGAAAUCAGCAACAACAAUUAGCUUUUGGAUAUGAUCCUAAUACAUCACUUUUAGCAAUUAAGAAACCAGGAAGUAAAUUGCAAGAAGAUUUUGUCAUCACUCUUCUGUGAUCAAUACUAUAAAUAGGAUCUACUUACCAUUACAAUCAGUCAUGUGAUUAUUGUGUUACUAAAAUAUAGAUGAUGUAAUAUGGGUGUUAAUGUGAUCUCUAGAUGAAUACGUGGGUGUAUGUGUAAUGAAUAAAUGUUGUGGACGAUCUCGUGUGAAAUAGUUUUGAUAGUGCUUAAUAUACUGUGUAACAUGUAAUAAGGUCACAUUCUUACUCAAUUACUGAAGUAAAAUAGUUGGCAAUUUCUUUAAAAAUAUUACAGUCUUAUUGCACAUUGAUAAGUUUGGACUGGUCAAGUUGGUGAAAGAUGGAGACCUGGUUGUCUUCAUAAGAUUGCAGAAAUAUUAUUUCAGUUGGGUAAUCUUAACAUAAUCUCUAAAAUCUAGUUAAUCUGUCAAGUCAUAUGUAGGAGGCAGAAGUUCAGUUGGAUAAUCGUAACAUAAAUUUUAAAAUCGUGUAAAUCCAAUAGCAAAUAAAUGUCUCUACAUGUUUUCUUUCACAUUUUCCUAUUUAGUGUUUAUAGAGAAGUAUUUUUUGUUCUUUAAUUGUAAUGAGUUAUGAGUAUAUGUACAUUCCAAUCCCGGUAAUAGAUGUACAAGCAAUAAGCUCUCUUUCUGUCAUUAAAUUCAAUUAUGACACAUGGCCAGUUUAGCGAUUUUCAUAUUCUUUUGUUUUUAGUUGCAUUGGGUACUUAAUUCUAUUCCUUCUGUACAGUUUUACUAAAUAUUCCAUGAUACUGAAUUUAUUUCACAAUUACAUUCAAAUAUGAUUAAUCUGAAGAAGAAUGAAAAUUUAUCAAGUUCCAUACCUCAACAUGCUUGUAUAUGAGGGUAAUAGUGCUAGAAUGUUGUGUAUAUAUGUUGGUGUUAGAAGGGAGAUAAUUUAUACGUGAUUCUUGGUGCAUGUUUACAAAUCAAAGGUUUUUUUCUACAACUUCAUCAUGGUUUAUCAUUGGUGCAAUUGCUAGUCAGUCAGUCUCGAUGGUAUUCGAUUAUAUAUUCAAGCAGAUGUGGUAGAACACAACAUUAGUUAGAGAGAAAUAUCAAUUCUGCAUUAAUUAAUAAUUUUUUCGAUUUGGAUAUCAAUUUUUAGUUAGAGAGAAAUAUCAAUUCUGCAUUAAUUAAUAAUUUUUUCCAUUUGGAUAUCAAUUUUUAGUUAGAGAGAAAUAUCAAUUCUGCAUUAAUUAAUAAUUUUUUCCACUUUGGAUAUUAAUUUCAUAUAUUAAAAAUCAUGUUGUUUAUGAUUAGUUUAUAUUCGAUAUAUAGAGGGUUAUUUAUAUGGACAAAACAUUUUACAAUUAUUAAUAUCAAAAUGCACAAAUUCAGGCGUCUUUUUACGGGAACUACAUGUAUGUUGAAAAUGUUAUACUGUAAAUCUGGAAAUAUUGAAAUGCAACAGUUUUAUCAAUGUGAAAAAUGUGACAAUUUGAACUUUACAAUUAUGUAACAUACAUUUUAAUUUCUGUUUGUACCAUUCUACCAUAUGUACAUGAAUCCCAUUGAUUAAUUGAUAGAAUUAUUGUCAGUUGAUAAACAUUUGCAAUAUUAAAUUAAGUUCUAAAUUUACACUGCUAGUAUUUUUGACUAAGGCUUAUCCUUCAUAUUCUACAACAGAAUAUAUUCAUGUGUUUGUAAAUUUUCUUUCAAAACAGAUAGAUGUUCAAAUCAAGAUUUCUCUGACAGGUCGAUAAAUGUUUGGUAACGGUACAUAAUUUAUCAGACUGUUUCAUUUAAACAUUUUAUAUUUCAAUGUAUGUUCAUUUUUUUUAAAAUAAAAAGUUAUAAAAGGCCACUACAUAAUAGGAGAAUUAGUCUGGGCAUUCCAGUAGAAUGGAUGUGGUAUGGAAGGAAGGAACAUCCAAAAUGCCCCAGAACCAAAAUACUUUGAGUAAUUUUGAAUAUAACAAAUGGGCAUACAACCAUAACUGACACAUACCCUCUUUCCGAAAAUAAAACUUCCAUUUCUACCCUCCCACAUUCAUUUUAAUGGAAUAAUUGCAACAGGUGAAUGGUUUCUGCUGUUUGUGUGUGUAUAGACCACCAGACAAAUAGGUUGUUGAUAUUAUAUUUACUUAUACUUUGUACCCUCAUUAAUUUGCUAAACUGCACUUUAAUUCUGUAUAAUAAUUUCAACUAAAGCAUCACAUCAUUCCAUAAACUCAGUGUUCUUUCUUUAUUCAUUGCGCUUUUUUGUAUUUCACUAUGUAAGUGAAGGGAUGAGGAAUAUACAUUUUUGUUCUCUAGGCCCAAAGGGCAUGUUUAUUUACUGCCAUCACUUAGUGUAUGUACGUUCAUUGACUUUAAUGUUUUCCAAACAUCUUGCUCGGCUAAUUUAAAAUAGGUUGACUGAAUCAUUCUUAGGAUGCCCACUUUUCAAAGUAUGUCUGCUGACAUAACUAUAACCUAAUGACCUAAUUAUGGCUUUUGGACUCUUCUUUAAAACCACAGUCUGCUUUUUCUUUGUCUGUUGUCAAUGUGGAUAUUUUUAAUUGUUUGAAAAGAAGUAAUAUACUGAUUUUUAUCCCAGUUAAAUCAUUCUUGACUUGAUAUCAGCCCUUUAAUGUAGGAAAUUUCAUGAAAAUGCCAAAAUUUCUUGUCAUUGUUCUGACAAACAUGGUUAUGACAGGCAAUUAGAAAUCCUUGCCUACGGUAUUUUUCUGAAUAUUGUUAAAUAUUUGAAACUUUUUGCUGUUUUUAUACAAAUAGUACAUAAUAAGAAUAAAGAUGCAUUAUUCUUGAUGGAUUGAAAAGUUCAUUGAGCUGAAGAUCAUGAUUUAGAUAAUUGUGCUAGGUGAGCAAUGCAAGGCUGCCUGUGUAUAUAAACCAAGAUUUAUACCAGUAAAUAGAAGUGAAAUUUUAGAUCCAAGAAUACUUAAUAUACUUAAUUUCAGAAUUUUUUAUUCUUAAAAUAAAUAUAAACACACAUAUGAUGUUUGUCAUUACUUGUCGAUACAGCUGAAAACAUUAAAUACGGUUAAAGAUAAAUUAGAAUUUCAUGUGUUUUUUAAUGAAGAAAAUGGUUCAUGGCAGAGAUUUGUACCAUUUGAAAUGCAUACCUUUGUUUUAUGUUUUGCCUUAACAGUGUCUUUUACGUUAUGCAAAAUUGUGUAAUUACAUUUUUUUUUUCAUUUAAAAAUGCAGAAGUGUUGUCAUUUGUAAAAUUUGAGUGAAAGUCCUGUUAUUUUUCUAUUUUGAACCUAAAUUCCAAGUGAGGUAUACAUUUUGCUUAAAAAUUCAAGCAUUUGUUAUUCAAUAAGUCUUCAGGAAGAAUGAAUGCACUGUAAAAGUUAAAUUUAUUUGUUCAGUUAUAUGGAUAUUUUGUAUGGAAAAUAAUGAAGACAAUUAAAGUUUCUAUUCUGUA